UCCAUGUAAUGGCACCCUUACCGUUUGUUUGUAUUAAUUAUCAAAAUGGAAAAUAAACGAGAAAUUUGUCAAGGGUUAUGUUUAUUUAGAUUCACAAGCAAAAGUUAAGUUGGCUCUACUGAAAUAUCAAUCUUCCUCGCUUCUAUUCUACUUUUAGUGGAAACAGUACGUUAAAUUCGAUGCGAAACAGAAUCGGAUUGACGACUUCGGUGGAAACUAGAUCAAUGUAUUAUACUUUGAUGUACUCUUCUCGUACCUUUUCGCCCUUUUCGAGAAAGAUUUCUACUAAUGUCUCAUGCAUAUAUUUCCGCGCGUUAACAUGUAUAUUUGUGUGCAGAAUGCUUUUGUGUGUACGUUUUAUUGACAUUUAUCGUAUGAUAAUAAACUCUUUGAUAAUUAUAACAUGUUGAAUAUCGCGAGAUAUCGUACAAAAAUAUUCGGAGCAUAUAAUAUUACAAAAUAUGCUCUUAGUCGACAAUGUCUUUUCACGGAUGCAAGAAUCGACAUCAUUCGAUGUAACGAUAUUUCCUUGAAAAAAUAUUGUUCAUCCCUGUUACAAAAGAGGCCACUUAAACAAGCGAAUAUUGCAAUUCGUGGUUAUGUUUCAAAAAGGAGUAAUAAAUAUGACAAAAUUGUGGGAUCUUGGUUGCUCACUUGUGGCGGUAUGGUUUUUGUAGCAGUUGCGCUAGGUGGCAUAACACGACUUACGGAAUCAGGUUUAUCUAUGGUUACUUGGAGAUUAUUAGGAGAAAAAAUGCCUCUCAAUGAAAUUCAAUGGUUUUCAGAAUUUGAACGCUACAAACAAUUUCCUGAAUAUAAAAUAACCAAUCUGAAUAUGACAUUGGAAGAAUUUAAACGUAUUUGGUGGAUGGAAUAUUUGCAUAGAAUGUGGGGACGUUUGAUUGGCACUAUAUUUAUAAUACCAGCAACAUAUUUUUGGUUUAAGGGUAUGCUCAAACAUGGAAUGAAAACACGGAUUGUUGCUUUAGGUUCACUAAUUGGCUUACAAGGACUCAUGGGAUGGUAUAUGGUUAAAUCUGGAUUAGAAGAUCGUUUUGUAGAACCUUCCGAUGUACCGCGGGUAUCACAAUAUCGUUUAGCUGCGCAUCUUGGAUUAGCAUUGCUUAUAUAUACUGGAUUUCUUUAUAAUGCUUUGGAUCAUUUGAUUAAUUUCUCUGAUAUCAAAGUUACAAAUAAUGCACUAAAGACGAUAAAAAGAUUUAAAGGAUUAAUUUACUCAGCAAAAGGAUUGAUAUUUUUCACCGCUUUGUCGGGAGCAUUUGUAGCUGGCAUGGAUGCUGGUCUUAUAUAUAAUACCUUCCCAAAAAUGGCAGAUAAAUGGAUACCCGAUGAUAUACUUGCCAUGUCUCCCAUAUUAAAAAAUUUCACGGAAAAUCCAACUACAGUCCAAUUUGAUCACAGGAUUUUGUCUUUCUACAGGGAAUUGCUACUAUAGCAUUAAUAACUUGUUUGGGUGUUAUGUCCCGUAAACAUAAACUUCCUAAUCGAGGAAGAAAGGCAGUUGUUGCUGUACUUUGCGCUGGUUAUCUUCAAGUACUUUUAGGCAUCUCGACCUUAUUAAAUCACGUUCCUUUAACACUAGCUGCUUCCCAUCAGUCUGGUAGUCUUAUACUUUUAAGCACCAUAAUAUGGCUAUGUCAUGAAUUGAAAUAUUUAAGGAAAAUUUAAUGAAUAAAUCUUGUUUAAAGAAAAUAUAUAGCAAAACUCUAAUUGCAGACUUAUAGAUUGGAAUUUCUUUCCUCCAAAAAGUUUCUACCAUAAAAAAAAUUAUCUAUGAAAAAAUGUGCUAUUUUUCAUUCAUUUUUUUAUAACAUAUAAUUAUAUCAUAUAACUAUAUCCAAAUAAUUAAAAUGUAGAAUUCAUAUUCAAUAUUUUUAUGCUUUAUUUCACAAUAGAAUAUCUUAUAAUAAUUAGUAAUUAAUAUUAUUGUAUACACAACCUUCUUUACUAAACAACAUGUAUAUUGUCAAAUACAUGUGUAACAUGAAAUAUUUUAUAUAACUUUUUAUAUAAAAUAUUAUAUAUAUAAUAUAUUAUAAUUUUAUUACACACACACACACACACACACCCGCGCGUGCGAUCUUAAAAGACAAUCUGAAAGAUACCAAUGUGCAAAGUAAAAUGCAUAUUUUGCAUAGCAUUGUUCUGGAAUAAAAACAAAUAUUUUGAUAUUGUUUAAUCAAUUA